AUGCCAGAUGAUUCUCACUUUAAUUUCACGUAUAAUGGCCAGAUUUUGAUGGCCGAAGCAACUCACGGUCUUAAUGAUGAUGUAAACCCUUCUCAGAAGCCUGGCGCAAUGCUUUAUACGGCUUAUCAGAUUGAUUCUGAUGAACCGUCCUUGUCUGCCUUGAGUUCAAGUUCGCCACACAUUAUCCAGCCCUUUCUUUACUCUCAUCCUGUGCAUGAACCUGCAAAUCCCCAGUCCGAGUCUUUCCACCAGCAUAUUUCAACUCCAACUCUCGACCCAAACGAAAAAGAACGCCUCAUCAUGGAGGCUACUAGUACUGCUUUUCUCACCCUCUAUCAGUACAAUGAACUCGAAGUCCAAAUCAAUGAUUUGAAGGUUUGGGAGUUACGAUGUCCCCGUGGCUGCUGGAUCAAGUCUGGUAUUCGAAGCUAUGUGAAACUCUCAACUCGCGGUCAGUUCAUGCCUUUAGAACAACACUAUGGCGCUUGUCAUGAAAAAUCGAAGGUUCGCGACACUGUCAAGGAAUCGCGCCUGACGCUUGCAACUGCUUUUGUGAACUCUGAGCUGGUGUCCUGGGCAACACCUAAUCUCUAUAUACCCGAUUCUCCUCCUACUAGUGAUAUGUCACAGGCUAGUACUGCCAUCAUUGCGCCAUUACAGUGUCCAGGUUUCCAGAUCGUUGACUGGCCAAACCCUGUCGGCACACCCACACAUGCAAACCUGCCUUGGCUACGUCUGGCAGAGGGCCCAGACAAGCUUUCAUUCGAUAUCGAGGUCAUCUCUCGCAACACACUUGCUCGUUCGUUCGACUGCACUCAAAAGGCAGGCGAUGACGCUGGGCCAUGCGAUUUCUGUGUACAUCUUGAGCCGAAGCUCAAAGCACUUGCGGAGAAUGCAAGAGUCCGUCGACCGCAUACACGUCGCAGACUUCUUACUCCCCUUCAACUCGUCGAGGUCAUACACGAGCGCGAUCAAAACAUGAAUGCUCUUAAAUUACGGGGCCUGAAUGACAGCUGCAAGAUUAGACGCCUUCUGUCUGAAUUAGAAGACCAUACCUCCUUAGUCAUGGCGCUAGCGCAGUCUGAUGUGCCAUGGCUAUGGAAUCUUCUUCAGAUGGCACUCAGGAAUGGCGCCAGUAUUAGUGCUAUACUUCGCAAGAUUGAAGAAGCCCUUGAAUGGUCUCCUGUACUCCCUCAACCAACGUCUCACUAUUCCGUCACUAAGAACACUGACAUUAUUCAACAAAACAUCACCUCUGUUGCAUUGGUACCUUGUGCUACAGCUGGACUCAUGACACUUUGUGGUGUCAGCCUUCUUGUUGAUGAGACUGCACUUGAGGAAGCAGCCGUAUAUUUACCACAGUCCAACAGCAUUGGGGGGCUAUGCUGGACACACUCUAGUUGUGUAGAUGUGACACUCAACAACUAUCAUUCUGCACUCAAUAUUGCCGACGCACUGAAGGCUGGAAGGGUUCAUUUAGGCAAAGAGAUUAUGGUUGUUGGUGCUCAUGUUUUCAGUGAAGAUGGCCUUUAUCCCAUACUUGUGGCACCAACCUGCAAAUCAGAAGAUGCCAGUGACAUGGAGUUCAUUUUCAACACAACCAUCAACUCUUGGUACGCAAGUGGAGCCGACAAGGAGAUAGGACCCAUCUGGUCUUUCGCAACUGAUGGUGAUGCAACUCGGCGGAAAGCCGGACAUCGCACAUUCAUCCAGACACCUCUUCCAUUAAUGUCACCACUUUACGGCACCCUCAGUAAUCUCCCAGGUCUUAACCUGCUCACUGGUGCACACGAAAUCAUGCUCGAUUUCGAUUAUAAGCACGUCUUCAAGCGCUUCAGCACUUUGAUUUGUUCCCGUGCUGGGAUGCAUCUCAAUAAUGGACGUGCUAUUAAUUCAACAAUGCUCGAACGGUACCUCUUAUGGGUUGAGGGAAUUGACGAGGCCCGUGCACUCAAGCUUUUAUAUCCAGAUGACCCCCAAGACGUACCACGUGCAGUGGAGCUCAUGAAUGCUGUCAUUGCGCUUGGUGACAUCAAACUGACGCAGCCCAGUGUUGAUACCAUAGCUGAUUUCGAUGCGAUCAGAAUUCUAUCACGUAUUCUCCACAGCCUGCUCAGACCAUUUAUCGACAUCACACUUUUGCUCACUCAACAAGUCAUUUCCAUCAGCUGCUGCGCCCAUCUCCUUUAUGCUUGCUUCUGGGACCAACGGUGCUCGCUUAUGCCGAACCAACUCUAUUAUGACACUCAAACACUUUUCAAGAACACUGUGUUUUGUAUCAAAAAGCAACAAAAGCUCAAUCCUCAGGCACCCUUCUCUCUCCUUGAUGUUGGCGAUGACGCUAUCGAGCUAUGCUUCACUUUUCUCUGCAUGUGUGGCGGACACAAUAGUGCUAUUAAUUACAAGCAGUCACUUGACCAGCUUGGUGCCGCUCGUGACAUUGGUGGAGUGUAUUCUCGUAACCCAGAUAUUGCGCAUGGCCAUCGCCGCCUUAACCUCACACGUUCAGAGGCAGUUGAUCAUAUCGGACGUUCAAUGUGGGUCAGCGACAUCAUCUCCGGCAACUGCGACCUCCAGAGCGCUUGGGAACAGGGUCGACAUGAGGCUACCAACAUUCUACAACUCACGCAGAUGCCUGUUUCAACCUAUGACUUCGAUUCAUAUUUCUUCCCUGGAUCAGGGAUUAAUUUGCAAUGUGUUUUUGGUGAGGGAAGGUAUCCAAGCGUUGAUGACGAUGAAGGGGAUGAAGAUCGGUCACUCAUAGCGCUUCUGACACCAACUACACCAACUACUAUCCAAGACCUGCAGCAUGACCCUUGCCCAGCGCCUGUGGAACAUGACAAAGAAGACGAACUGGCACUCAAAUUUGAGGAGAUGCUCGACGAUACAUCCGAGACUACGCAUGUGGAACUUGAUCAUGCUGUCUCCGAGCUUGCUGUCUCCGAGCUAGAACCCUCGCCAACAGCACCACCAAGUGGUCCUGGCAUUCGUAGCACAGAUUUUGUUUGGUGCGACAAGAAGUGGGUACACAAGCAAAGUGUCUGCCGACUCAUCAUUACUCCAAAUUUCACUCCCAAAUCACAAGCUCGGCUCUUUCGUGUACAAGGGUUCUUGUCUGUCAACAAGAGGUUUGACGAUGUCGAAAUCGACCAUGUUCUUCACGGUGAUCAGUUCCUCAUGGGAGACUUGUUCCUUACUCUCAUCCGAACGACAAACAAAGUAUUGUCCCUUGCCCUCGUUCGAGCAACCUCAAUCUCAGAAAACAGUACUGCUCGUACACAAAUCAAGACUGCUACUCUAACGUCUCCGCGAGGCAAUGUGAAGGUUACUGGGGAGAUUCUUACUCUGGUACCUUCACGAACAUCUGAGCCUGACGUCCUUUGGGUUUGGACUGGCUCCUAUUUGAAGACCACUUCCAUUGUUCCAGGGAUGAGCAUGUGCACACUAAAGGUAGUCACUAUAUCCAUCCCCGGACACCUCCUCGAACUUGUAAAUCCUCGUGUCAUGGAUGCGCAAGACCACCUCUCGCCAGAGCAGAUGCAUGAGGUCAACUCGAAGGGAGUGACAUGGGCAGUGGCCAAUGAAGCAUUGCAGGCUGCUGUGGGAUUGUUAUGGAUGAAGGUUGUGGAGUUGAAGAUGCCAAUUAAUUCUAUCACCUCACUCGCAAGUGAAAACUCUGGCUUUCCAUACAAGACACAUAUUGGAUCAGAUGCCCUCGUUUGUGCAGCAGGGACGGAGAUUCUAACUACAUCAGGACGUGGCCAAGCAGUGACAAGUGCGUGUCCACUGUGUGGUGAUCAGACAAAGGACCUCCGUUCGCACAUGGGCAUCCAUAUUCUCCAUGCUGCUCGUGGAGUCACCAACAACAUCAUCACUCCAAUUGAUGGUUCUUUGCCUUGCGGAUUCUGUGGCGAGUCUAACAAUCCAGACUGUGCACUAACAUUGAAGGACACAUGCAGGAUGUGGUGGGAGAUGAAAUGUCCCCGCAAAGAGUCAUUCCAGUAUGGGAGCGCUAUCAAAGGGUCCAACACUUGUCCGUGUCGCAAUGUCCCAAUUGUAUGCAAGUUGUGUGUCCAUCAUGGUCAAGACACCGACUGGCGUCCUGCCGUCUGGCGUUACAAUCUGGAGACUCACUUGGACCAGCAGCACCCAGAGUAUGCACAUCCAGGCAAGCCAGCUGGAGCUCUCCUUCCUCGCAAUAUGUAUGACGCACUUGCUCUCACUGCCGCCGAGGAGAAGAAGGCAGGUGUCCCUGCUCGACCUGCAUUCACAUUCAUUCUGGAAAACAAAGAGAAUCAGCCUGCUUCAUCCUCCCACAAUCAGAAACGGAAGCCUACUGCUAGUCAGACGGUCGCCUCUGCUGCCUCGUUGACUAAGAGAGCUUGUCACUGA